CCGAGCGCAGACCGACAGUUGUCGAGCGAAGCCCCGGCGCCGCCCGGCGGUUCCCGAGCGCGCUCCGAGCGCCGCCGAACGCCGCCCGAGUGUUGCCGAGCGAGUGCCGAGAGCUGCCGAGCGCCGCCGGAAUCCCGCCGAGCAGGCCGGGAGAGUGGCUGAGGGGAAGCGCCGGGCCCGCUGUGGCGCGGCGAGGCGAGUGCGGCCUGUGUCGGGCGCUGAGUGUACAGCAGAUCCAUCCAAGCCAUGAUCGAGGUGUUGGCUAAGCUAGGCCGUGGGCCUGUCUUCCUGGCCGGGGAGGUGCUGGAGUGUGUGAUCACCUUCACCAACCCGCUAUCAGCCUCAUCCACCUCUGCCAGCAGUGAGAUGCUGGCCUGGGCCAGUGCGCAGAUCCACUGCCAGUUUCACGCCAGCGAGAACCGGGUGGCACUCCCUCCCUCCGACGGCAGCAAGCACGACGUGCAGGCAGAGAACGAGACUGUCUUCGUCCCCAACAGAGGAGAGCGGGGUCAGUGUAUCCUGUCCACCCCACCAAAGAUUCUCUUCUGUGACUUGCGACUGGAUCCUGGGGAGUCAAAGUCCUAUUCGUACUGUGAGACGCUGCCCAUCGACGGCCCUCCCUCGUUCCGGGGGCAGUCGGUGAAGUACGUGUACAAGCUGACCAUCGGCUGCCAGCGCGUCAACUCCCCCAUCAAGCUCCUGCGCGUCCCCUUCCGUGUCCUCGUGCUGCACGGGCUCAAGGAUUACCAGUUCCCACAGGAUGAGGCUGUUGCGCCCUCAAACCCCUUCCUGGAGGAGGAGGAAGGCUUGAAGAAAGACUGCCGCCUGGCAGACCUGGCAACAGAGCUGCUGAUGGUGGCUACGUCCCGACGCAGCCUGCACCUGUAUAACAUCAGCAACACUCGUGGGAAGGUGGGUACAUUCUGCAUCUUUAAGACUGUGUAUAAGAUCGGAGAGGAUGUCAUUGGGACCUUCAACUUCUCAGAUGGAGACAUCUCGUGUCUUCAGUUCUCAGUGAGCCUGCAGACGGAGGAGAGCAUCCAGGAGGAGUUCCAGCGCCGGCAGGGACAGCCCGUGUCCUUCAGCACGCACGCCCGCCAUCAGGAGUCCUGCCUGCACACAGCCCAGAGCAGCUUCAGCCUGCCCAUCCCGCUCAGCUCCACCCCAGGAUUCACCACCAACAUAGUGUCCCUGAAAUGGAGGCUGCACUUUGAGUUUGUCACCUCUGGGAAGUCGGCGGGGACUUGCUUGGUUCGUGGGAGCCAGUCUGAGGCUGUCACCUGGACUGGCGUGGAGCAGAUGGAAGUGGACACUUUCAGCUGGGAUUUGCCCAUCAAAGUUCUUCCAACCAACCCUGUCCUGGCUUCUUACGUGUCUCAGUUCUCCAGCACCAACUGCAUCACCAUCUGAAGGGGAGAGAGCUGGUGCGGGCCUACAGUGCAGCAGGCUGGACUGUCACUGGCAUGCUGCAGGGCACAUCCCAGCGUCUGCUGGAGCCCUUGCUGACAUCCCUGGACAAGGCUGUCCCGCCUAUGGGGGCAGGAGCACUGUUUGCUGCCCCGCCGUCUGCUGCAGCCCUCCCCUGGGAGCUGCACCCCUCCUGCCCAGCUGAAGGUGCCAGUCCCAGCACCUACCAAAAAGAAACCUGCUCCCCAGGGAGCAGCCCCACGUUCGUGCCUUUAUCUCACGAGAGACUCCCAAGGCAGGAAGGCAGCAAGAGCUGUUCCAGUGAACCCUGUACCAGUCUCAGCCAAAGGCUGUUGCACUCCAGGGCAACCCCACAAGCAGAGGUCUAGUGUCUGGGGAAGGACUGAAUGCCCCCUGGGCUGGCUGGGAACCCACUCCCUUGCCCUGACACGCAUCCUGCCUCUUUUCAAGGGGGUCUCAUACAUCACUGUGACCUUCCCCCAGGGCAGGCGGGUCCUGGCACGUGGUGCAACGCACGGUCACCGUGGUCCAAACUGGAGCUCCCAGGCACGAGAGCAUCCUGCUGGUUUUGGGAUUCUGAGGGAAAUACGUGCUGUGGAGUCGGGAGCAAGGAUGGAGGUCACCCAGCUCAACAGGCAGCUCCCUGUUGUUACCAAACCUUUCCAAGAGAUUUCCUCUUUGCACAGAAGUCUAAUAAAUAACUGA